AGGAAAAAAGGAAAUUGAUUCUCGCCUUUAUUUCUGUUGUGAACCCAAUCCCUGUUUCUUUGGAUACUCAACUAAUUGUUGUUAUUUUCUCUUCUAAUUUAACCAAUUAAUAUGCUUCCCUGAUUCUCCAACCCCAUAGAUUGUAAAUCUGUCAGAAAUCCGAUUGAAUCUUCACCAUUCAGAUAAUAUUAUUCACCAAAUAUACUAAUCAAUUCAUCUUCAUCACCAUCAUAUCAUUUUCUCUCUCCCUUUUAUUUAGAUCGAAUAAUUUUCCAAGCAAUUAAUGUUCUCUCAUUAAUUGUGUGUCCAUUCAAUCUUGAAAUCAUCUUUCAUUGAGCUUAUGUCUCACUGACCAAUCCAGGGAAUUGUUUGUAUGGUUUUUGCUUCUUGGUCAACAAUCAAGAUGAAGUCAAUUGUCUUAACAACAUUAUCCAUUUUUCUUGGAUUAUUUUUCCUUUUAAUUGGUACAUUAAAAGUGUCACCAUCAGUUAAUCGUGAUAUGCACCGAGAGAUACGUCGGAAUUAUGUUCGAUAUGCCAAAGUAUUUCCUCUUCCAAAUAUCACCGGUUUUCGAGUGUCACCUAAAUAUUAUCGGCUGAUUGUCGGUUGGUCCGAGAUUAUUGCUGGUCUAACAUUAGCCAUAAUUCCGGGGCGAAUUAAACAAUUAGCUAAUUGGAUUCUUCUCAUAUUAACUAUUCUCGGUUUGUACACUCAUGUUGUGGUCAAGGAUAAAUUUGAAAAAACAGCUCCAUCAAUUGUGUUCAUGUUAAUGCUUACCUGUCGUUUAAUUGUCCAUGUCCAGGUUAGACGGAGAGAAGCAGCUAAACCGAAAACAGAUUGAACAAUUAAACUUAAUCAUCGGCUAUUUUAAUGCAUAUUAAUAAAUAUACUCAUUGCAAUUAUUACUCAUUCUUCAGGAUUAAUCAAUGGUCAUCUUCAAUUAACUGUUCCUUUGGAUUAAUUUUCUUAUACCUUUAUGAUCAUAAGGAAAAUUCAUAAAUAUAUAAAUAUGUAUAUCAUUUAGUUCACCAAUAUUAUAAUCAAUUGGUAUUACUUGAUAAUAGGAAAAAAGGUUUAAUCAAUAAUUGAAAUGUAAUUGAUUAAGGUGAUUCCAAUUAAACUUUGUAAUUUUGUU